GUUCUUGGAAAUCUUACUCAUUACAAAAGUACAAACGGAUUCUACCUCUACGGUUGGUUUUCUUCCAUUUUCCUGCUAAUAUUCCGCCUCCGUCAAAAAAAAAAAAAAAAAAUUCUCGCUGUUUCUCGCUGUUUCUCCCCUGGUUUCUCUGGAUAAGUUUCCGAUUCUCUCAGAGGUUGACAAAUUUCCCAGAUAAGUUUAUAUUCCUAGUUCUGCAUUUCUCAAGAAAAAUUCGAUUGUAAUUGAAGUCUGCUUCUGCAUGAUAGAUAUUUGUUAGCUCAACCCGUUGGCUUCUUUCUUUCUGAAUUGGAAUUUUUAAUUCUUGAAUGAAUGAUAAAAAUUCCGAUUCGGAGAGAGCAAACUAUUGGAAACCAGCUUUAGAAUGCUGAAUUCAUAAUUGGAAGCCCCUAUUUGAGUUUCAAGGGGAAAUUGAGAACCGUUCUAACCUUCUUACGUCGGUUCACCAGAAAUUUGGGGAUUCAUCGGCAAUUUGAUCCUGAGUUUUGUGGUUUUUUGUCUGUUUUAUGUUUGAUAUUCGAGUACUCCUGCUAUAUUCGACUACGGGGAAUUUGUUUCGGUAGACUUUAGGCAACUGUUACUUACAAAUUCAUAUGUACUGUGUUGAAUUUUCUUGAGGGGUUUGAUUCUCUUCCUCUGUGACUAGUUUAUUAUAGUUGGUUUGGAUUUGUUCGCUUGUGUUCGGUUUGAAGUGUGGUUGUAUAAAGUAAAUCUUUUCCUCGAUUGUUGGUUCUUCAAAUAGUUUUCUUUUUGAUGGGGAAGCAAAGUGGGAAGAAGAAGAAGCAGAUUGGUGAUAAGUUCCGUGAGGCGAUUUCAAAACAACGCCAAGGUGGAGAUAGUAGUCUAAGAAGUUAUGACAAAGACAAUUCUAUUUUCAUUAUUAUGUCUCAGGCUUUAAAGGAAGAGGGCAAUAAACUGUUUCAGUCUAGAGAUCUUGAAGGAGCAAUGUUUAAAUAUGAAAAGGCCCUCAAAUUACUUCCAAAAAAUCAUAUAGAUGUAUCCUAUCUUCGGAGUAACAUGGCGGCAUGCUAUAUGCAGAUGGGGCUUAGUGAGUAUCCCCGAGCGAUUCACGAGUGUAAUUUGGCUCUUGAAGUUACACCGAAGUACAGUAAAGCAUUGUUGAAGCGGGCAAGAUGUUACGAGGCUUUGCAUAGGCUGGACUUGGCUCUAAGGGAUGUUAAUACAGUUUUAAACAUGGAGCCAAAAAAUAUCAUGGCCUUAGAAAUAUCAGAUAGAGUAACAAAGGCACUUGAGAUGAAAAAAUCAAAUGAAGACGAUGCCGAGAUCCAGCUGCCUCUUGAUUUUGUUGAACUGCCUUCUCCAGUGUUGCCGCAAAAAAUACAUAAAGAAAAGAACAGGAAGAAGAAGAACCAAAAGACUAAGGAAACCAUUGGUGAGAAGAAGACUGAUGAAACAGUGGAGGAGGAGAAGGCUGAUGAAAUAAAAGUGAGGGAGAAGGAGACUGAUGAAAUAAUAGUGAGAGAUAAGGAGGCUGAUGAGAUAACAGUUAGGGAGAAGAAAGCUGAUGAAAUAAUAGCAGGGGAGAAGAGGGCUGAUGAAACAGUGGAGGAGAAGAAGGCUGAGGAUAAACUAGUUGUGGAGGAGAAAAUCAGAAGGACACAUGAGGAAACACCUAUGAAAGCUGUGAAAUUGGUGUUUGGAGAAGAUAUCCGAUGGGCUCAAUUGCCCAUUGACUGCACUCUACUUCGACUCAGGGAGGUUAUACGUGAUCGUUUCCCAACCUGCAGGGCAGUCCUUAUCAAGUACAGGGAUGAAGAAGGUGAUUUGGUAACAAUAACUACCAAUGAAGAAUUGCGAUUGGCUGAAGCAACUACUGAGUCACAGGGUUCUGUUAGAUUUUAUAUAUUUGAAGUUAAUCCAGAGCAAGAUCCAUUCUACGGCAGGUUUAAGAAUGAUGAGGUUGAGAAGUGUAAAGUUGAACAAAAUAGCAUGUUUGAGAAUGGUCAUGUAUUGAGAGGAAAAGAGAUAAUGAUGUCAUCUUGCAUUGACGACUGGAUAGUACAAUUUGCUCAGUUAUUUAUAAACCACGUAGGAUUUGAAUCUGGCUCAUACUUGGAUCUCCAAGAACUUGGGAUGAAGCUUUAUUCUGAGGCUAUGGAAGAGACAGUAACAAGUGAAGAAGCUCAAGGUCUUUUUGAAAUAGCAGCAGAGAAGUUUCACGAGAUGGCAGCUUUAGCAAUGUUCUACUGGGGAAAUGUUAUCAUGUCAAGGGCGAGGAAGAAGGUCUACUUCACAGACAGUGCUUCAAAAGCACCUGUGUUUGAACAGAUAAAAGCUGCAUAUGACUGGGUUAAGAAGGAAUAUGUUGAAGCGGGACAGAAAUAUCAAAUAGCGGUUGAAAUCAAACCAGACUUUUAUGAAGGCUAUCUAGCUCUAGGGCAGCAACAGUUUGAGCAGGCAAAACUUUCUUGGCAGUAUGCAGUUAGCAGCAAUGUUGAUCUGAAAACAUGGCCUUGUACCGAGGUUCUGCAACUUUAUAACAAUGCUGAGGACAACAUGGAAACGGGCAUGAAGAUAUGGGAGGAAUGGGAAGAGCAGCGUGCUAGUGAACUCUCUAAAUCGAGCAACGUUAAAACCCAGUUGCAGAAGAUGGGGUUGGAUGGGCUGAUUAAGGAUAUAUCAGCUGAUGAGGCUGCAGAACAGGCUAAAAAUAUGAGGUCUCAUAUAAACCUCUUAUGGGGUACCAUGCUAUAUGAGCGAUCAAUAUUGGAGUUUAAGCUGGGGCUACCAGUGUGGCAUGAAUGUCUGGAAGUUGCAGUUGAAAAAUUUGAGCUUGCUGGAGCUUCUGCAACCGAUAUCGCUGUUAUGAUAAAGAAUCACUGUUCAAGCAACAAUGCACAUGAAGGUCUUGGUUUCAAAAUUGACGAGAUAGUACAGGCAUGGAACGAGAUGUAUGAAGCUAGAAAGUUGCUAACCGGAGUUCCCUCAUUCCGAUUAGAGCCGUUAUUUCGGAGGAGGGUCUCAAAAAUCUACCACAUCUUGGAAGAAGCAUGACUACAGCAUUUGUUUCAGGUUCUUUUCUUUAGACAGACUAGGAGGAACAGAGUCAGUUUUGCUUCUCCAUGCGAUGAAGCUGAAAACAAGCAUUAUAGGUUUCUUUUCUUCAUUCAUGGUACAGUUCUACCUUGCUUCCUAAGAAGAAUUAAAGACGGAGUGUUGAUUUCUGUUGUUAUUAUGCAUUCUUUCUCAAUAGCCAAUACAGUGUUCUUCUAUCCAUCUUAAAUUUGGGGACAAGAUGAAAUUGCAGAAACUUCCAUUUUAGUUAGUUCCUGCCUUCUCCUUUUCACCCUCUUGUCUCCUAUAGUAGUGUUCAUGUUUAAGCUCACAUUUAUUGAUUGUCAGUUCAAGUCUCCUAGCAAACAAAUUCUUUCAUUGUUUCUCAUCCUGGUUUGUAAUUUAUGGUGURAUAGACAUUUAUUUUGUAAUCUUAGUGGUUGUAUAUGUAUAUUCAUUUAAAAA